AUGCAGGCGGGGCUCAGCGUCGGGCUCCUGCUGCUUGUUUCAGUUGUUAGCGCCGAUCCGCAGGCGGCCGCCGGCGGUCAGCAGGGCAAUGCUGCUCCGGCAAACGGCGAGCACAUCCUCGGAUUUGACGCGUGCAAGGAGGACAUCCACAAAUACUGUAACCACGAUGGAGUCGACUUGAAGAGUGAUAUCUCAAUUAUCGAGUGUCUCCAAGAUGCCGGACAACAAGAAUCCGCCACGUUGACGACGGCUUGCCAGGCGCUUGUCUGGGAUUUUAAGAAGCGCCUCACCCAGGACGACCGUUUCCUCCAGGCCGCCAAGCAAUACUGCGAGGCCGAGAUGAAAGACCGCCCGGCCAUGGCCAAGUGUGUUGAGCACACCGAGCCCGGGUUUGCCCUGUCGUGCCUCAUCGAAUUUGUUGGGAACCUCACCAAGGAAUCGCAGUGUCACGCAUUCUUGUUCCGUACCGAGCGCCUGGCUUUCUCGGACUUCCGGCUCGUCGCCCCGUUCAUGAAGGACUGCGAGCGGGAGUUGAAGGCGCACAAUUGCGAGGUGAUGACCCCCGACAAGGCGCACAAAGGUGUCAGGGUCCCGCACACUCAAGGCAUGGCCCUCGAGUGCUUGAUCCAGCAACUCGUCAAGGAGAACGACAAGAAGGCCGACCAGCAAAACUCGCAGUUCAGCCAGGAGUGCCGGCAUCAGGUGCUCAGACUGGCUGAGAUGCAGGCCGACGACUUCCACCUCGACCGCCCGCUCUUCUUUGCUUGCCGUCAGGAUCGUGAGAAAUUCUGCAAAGACGUCCCGGCCGGCCAGGGCAAAGUGUUCGAAUGCUUGAUCACCAACCGCAACAACGCCGAGAUGCAGCCGGAGUGCUCCAAAAUCCUGGUCGAGCGCGCCCAACUGAUGGGCCGUGAUUACCGACUGGCCCACCCACUCACCAAGGCCUGCGAUGCUGACAUGAAAAAGUACAAAUGUGAAGCGCAGGAAAACCUCGACGCCGCCGUCCACUUCCACAUGACGUGGCUGUUGUUGUGCCUUGAGAAUGGGGCAAAGAGCCAGACGCAAAACCCGCCCAGCAAGGAGUGCCAGCACGAGAUGCUCACCCACCGGCAGAUGAUGAUGUCAGAGUUCCGAAUUGCGCCUGAAGUCGUCAUUAACUGUGCUAAUGAAAUCGACCAAUGGUGCUCACCUAAAGGAGAUAUCGAGGCUGAGGGCAGAACCCUCCACUGCCUGAUGGAACACGCCAAGGAGCGGACCGAAACGAAGAAAGUCGGACCGCAAUGCAUGCAAGCUCUCGGAGAAGUGAUGAAGAUUGCCGACAUCGGCUCCAACUACAAGGUCGACAAAGUGCUGUACGCCUCUUGCAGGGACAUUAUUGAUGGCCCAUGCCAACAAGACGCCCAGUCCGAGGCCGCCACGCUGCAGUGCCUGAUGAAGAACGUCGACUCGGACAAGAUGACCCCGCAGUGCGAGCAGAGACUCAUUGAGGUGCAAUACUUCAUGGCCCGUGACUGGACCCUUGACCCUGGCCUCUACAAGGCUUGCCACGACGAUGCGGUCUCGAAAUGCUCUGCCCUCCCCGAUUGGCAUAUGCAAACCAACAGCGCCAACAAGGUCGACCCCGGCCCCCAAGUUCUUGCCUGCCUCUACCGUAGUGCCUACGAUGAGACGAAUCCGUUGACACCCCACUGCACGAUCGAGGUGCGACGCGUACUCCGUGAGCGUGCCGUCCGCGUGUCGCUGAUCCCCGAGAUCGAGGAGACUUGCCGAGGAGCCCUGUCCGAGUACUGUAGCGGAAAUAUCGCGCCUCAGGAGGAGAUGCAAUGCUUGCAAGACCACUUCGAAGAAAAGGACUUCAUCGGGCACUACAAGCCCUGCUACGACGAGAUCAAGAAGUUCACCGAGAUGGAGGCCAAGGACACCAAGUUGAACAGGCUGCUCACCAGGUCCUGCAAGCCGGUCAUCGAGGCGCACUGCAAGGAAUUCAUCAACGAAGAAAUUGACCACGGCGACGUCCUCGACUGCCUGGUGCAGAACAAGGGCUCCGAGUUGAUGAACACCAAGUGCAGAUCCUACGUCCAUCACUUUGAGCUGAUCUCGAUGCGGGAUUACCACUUCAGCUACAAGUUCCAAGAAGCCUGCGGACCCGAUAUUAAGGAGAGCUGCGCGCACGAGGCUUCGGACAAAGCCUCCAUCAUCCGAUGUCUCUCGGAGAUCGUCUUCGAACACAAAGUCCUCGGCCACCCGAAACAGCUGAAGCCGGACUGCAAGAAGCAGCUGAAGGUGGCCUACCUCGAGCAAGAACAGGUAGACACCAAAUUCGACGACAAGGAACACAUGCAGGACGCUGACCCGAAUUUGUGGAAAAAGUGCGAGAUCGAUAUUAAGAGGCUUGGGUGCAAGCAACAGGACCACGACACGUUCGAGGAUGUCGUCGAGUGUCUGCGCGAAGGGUUCGAUAGUCUAGUGCCCGACUGCAAAGCCGUCGUCUUUGACCGCGAGAAGUUCGAGGCGGCCGACAAUACGCUCGAUGACGAGCUGCACCGCCAAUGCGCCCCGGAUAUCGCGCGCUACUGCAAGAACUCACAUCCGGAAAAUGUGCUGGAAUGCCUGACGAAUACGAAGAUUGUUAGAUUGCUGAAAAAGCCGUGUCAGAAGGUAGUCCACGAGCGUAUGAAGGAACAGGCCCAAGACGUUCGGCUGCGCCCAGGAUUGCUGGUUGCUUGCAAGGCGGAGGCUGAGACUUUCUGCGGCGAGGACAUGCGCAAGAUCAACGCCAAGCAGUACGCCGAGCAGCAACUGCAUGGUGUCGUCAUCAACUGCCUGCGCGAGCAGUUCAGGAUGGUCACCGGUGGAACGAAGCCGCACUUCUCGCCGGCGUGUACAGAGGAGAUCUCCCGCGUCGUGCUCGAAUCAGAAUUCGACGUCCAGCUCGACCCACCGUUGUACAAGGCCUGUAAGAAGACCAUCGAGCGGCACUGCUCCUCAGCCGUCGUCGAGCGGGGUGGCCACUACGAAAAUGUGCUGGAGUGCCUAAAAGCAGACUUUUACCAGGGCUCCAUCCAGGACUCUGAAUGCAAUGCUGAGUUGGCGAAGAGGACGCAAGAAUCGCUGGUCGAUAUCCACUUGGAUCCAGUACUGCAUGAGGCUUGCGCCACCGAUAUUCAACACUACUGCAGGGAUACGCCGCCGGGACAGGGAAGAGUUAUCGCGUGCCUGAUCUCCGCCAGCGAGAGCACCACCGUCAAGCUGACGCAGAGCUGCAAGACGAAGCUGCACGAGCGCAACCAGCUCUGGAUGAAGGCUCAUUCAGAAUACCAAAUGGCGAUGCCGGAGACGUUCGGCGAGUUCGUCGAGAUCAUCAGGGACCACCCGCAACGGAACUCGCUGCUGUCGUGGUUGGCCCUCUUCAUCCUCGUGAUCCUGGUGCUGGGCUGCUGCUGCGGCCGGGCGACGAAACGGGUGGCGCGCGAGCUGAAGAAUCGC